AUGAGGAGCUUUUUUCUGCUACCGUUUCACUUUCUUGUUGAGCGCCUUGUUUUUCAUCCUGCUCGGGCAGCGCUUGGAUUAAACCGGUGCAGAUACUGCUACUAUUCAGGAACCGCUUCCAACACUUCUGAGACCAUGGAAUUUUUCUGGAGUGUGGGCCUGAGCAUUCGGAGGCUGUAUGGCAUUAAUGAGACUUGCGGGGCACAUAGUCUGGAAGAGUCCUGUGGUAACCGGAAGCAGAGGUGAGGUGUGGUGGGUUUGGAAAAUGCUUAGAUUUCCCCCCCCCCCCACCACCCCUUUGUUGUGAUCUGGGAAGUUCUGGAUGUGGUUUUUGUUUUUUAAUUUUCAGAUUUUUUUUUUUCUUCUGUUUUUUUCAGUCAUGGCCGGGAGAUUCAAGGAUGCCUAACAAGGAUAGACUUUUCUUCAUCUUCAUCUUCAUCUCCAGGACUGAGGUGUCUGUGGGGGCGUCACAUCUUCAUGGGGUACCUGGGCAUGGAGACAGAAACUCAAAGUGUUCUGGAUAAAGAGGGCUGGCUUCAUGUUGGAGACGAUGGGAAGGAGACAGAUAGCUUGCUGGAUGAGUAG